UCAGAAGACGAUCAAGUGAAGUUGUUUUUCAAUAAUUUUUGGAAGAUUGUUUGUUAUAUAUUCAUCAUUUUAUUGAAGUAAGGUAGCCACUCGGUGUUCAGGCGAACAAUGGGAGAUGUUAAAAAUUUGGAACAUCCAACGCUGAAGGUGCCGUACGAGCUGCUGAACAAGAAGUUCCGCGCGGCCCAGAAGCAGCUGGACCGCGAGGUGUCCCACGUGCAGGCGGCAGCCCUGGAGCUGGAGCGAGGCCUGCAGUCCGGCCACCUCGGCAGACUGCUGGGCGGCGUGGUGGAGCGUCUCCACCUGCUCAAGAGGAAGGCGGACGAGAGCAUCUCGGAGGAGCUGGAGGCUGCGAACGUGUGCAAGCGCCGGCUGGAGCACCUGAAGGAGCACGCGGAGGCGGGAGGGGCAGGCAAGGCUGCCAACGGCGCAGUGAGCUCGUGGCGGCGGCGCAGGCUGGACCGCAUGCUGGUGGAGUACUUCCUGCGGCGUGGGUACUACGGCACUGCCACGCGGCUGGCACAUCGCUCCGGCCUGCGCGACCUCACCAACAUAGAUGUGUUCCUGGUCUCUCGCGAGGUCGAGUGUUCGCUGGCUCGUCGCGAGACUGCCAAGUGUCUGGCCUGGUGCCACGAUAACCGCUCCAAGCUGCGCAAGCUCAAGUCCACUAUGGAGUUCAACCUGCGUAUCCAAGAGUUCGUGGAGCUGGUCCGUGCAGAUCGUCGUGUGGAUGCUGUGAGACAUGCGAGGAAGUACUUCUCUGCGUUUGAAGAGGACCAGCUGCAAGACGUCCAACACUGCAUGGCACUACUUGCCUUCCCUGUCAGCACAGAACUGCUGCCCUACAAGGAACUGCUGGACGAGAAACGCUGGGAGCUGCUAGUGGAGCAGUUCAGGCAGGAGAACUACCGCCUCUACCAGCUGGCAUCACAGUCUGUGUUCACUGUCGCUCUGCAGGCCGGCCUGUCUGCCCUCAAGACUCCGCAGUGCUACAGUGCCAACAGAGAGAACCACAACACCAGCUGUCCCGUGUGUCAGGACUCCCUGAACCAGCUGGCAGCCUCGCUGCCCUUCGCACACUGCUCCCAGUCGCGCCUGGUGUGUGCCAUGUCAGGCAUGCCGCUCAACGAGCACAACCAGCCCAUGAUGCUGCCCAACGGCCACGUGUACGGCGAGAAGGCUCUGGAGCAGAUGGCCUCCGAGAACAAUGGUCAGAUCAUCUGCCCCAAGACCAAGGAAGUCUUCCCAUUCAAGAAACUAGAGAAGGUGUUUGUAAUGUAAUCACUCCAGACUCCAGAAGACAGGAAACAUGAUUGAGCUUGUUUUUUUCACUCCAUUGUAAUUAAUACCAAGAACAGAAUUUGUAGACUUGUUAGUUAAUAUUUUGGUCUUAAAAGCUUUACUAAAUGAUUAUUAGUUAUUUUGUUCAUGUUAUUAUAUAAUGUAUAUUGCUUUGAUACUGAAGAUUAGUUUUGCUUUUUACAAUGUUGUGAAUGUAAUGAGAUUUCGUUGGCUAUUAUUAUUUCUUUUCAGAAGUUAGUUGUUUAUGAAAAUCCUGCUUGAAUUGUGGCUAUUAAGUUGAAAUUUUUUUUUUGAGUUGCAAGCAGAUUCAUCUUCAUCCUAGUUGUUACUGCUACAAGUGUAGUGUGCUGUAAUGACAUGUAUGCAUUUAAUAUCAUGCUAGUGACAUCUGUAAAAAAAAGAGAAGUGACAUAAACUCUGUUUUAAUUUGAUCAUGAACAUUAUUCUUUUAUCUUUACAAUAUGUGCACAAUUUUCACCAUCUCUCAAAAUUAGUUCUAUUUGUCGUAUGUGCUUGCAUUAUAAUCAGAAUGUGGCCCUUAGUAUUUAUAAUAUUGAAUGCUGCUUGAUUUUCAUAUGGUAAAUUUACUUUAAUGCUUCAAACUGAUCUUAAAGCUAUAAUGUGUUGUAAUCACUUUUUAAAUGAAUCUCUUAGCUUAGGUAUGUUUUCAAGAAUGAUUAAAACUACAAAGUACUUGGCAAUAAUUCAAAUUUACAUUUUCUAAGCUCUAGCCAAAUUCUCUGUUUAUAAACACAUCAGUGUUCAAUCUUAAAUACUUUCUCUAUUAUUUUUGCAGUAAAAAUGUUGUGUAGCCCCAACAUGAAAGACAUAGGGUCGGUUGGGGAAAUUGGGAACAAAAUUGGAAGGUUUUACCUUCUCGUUAAGACCAGGACCAUGCAAACCAUGUUUAACAUUUUUUUUUACGCAUACACUUGUUAAUACACAUCUUAUUUAACUUUCCUACAUGUCUAAAAUAUAAAUCGGUUUUUCUGAUUGCCUUAUUUUUCAUGUUCACAAUUACCCCAUAAUUUCCCAAUUACCCCAUAGGGUAGAGGGUAAUUGGGAACGGUUACUUUUUCACCUAGAGCUAUUAAAUGAAUCAAAAUCCUCAUUAAGAAUGAUUUGAAAGUCUGUUAUGUCUCUAACCUACUUGGAACAAUUUAGCUCUUUGUUCACAAUUACCCCAAGUAAUGUUCACUCAUCUACUCAUCAAGAGGUUACCACAUAAACUUGACUGCGAAAAAGGAAAAUUAUGCGCACUUUGAUGGGAACCAAUAAGUUACAAUAAUGUUCAACAGAAUAUUUAUUGGUUAUACAAAAGUAACAUGAAGGUAAUGUGCAAAGAAAAAAUGAAAUGUUUGUAAGACUAGGAUAUUCUGAGAAACACAUAACCAACUCUUCAAAAUACAUUAAAUUAUCAUACAUAAUUUUACAUUUCCUUCACACUGACAUGACCGUUGAAGUUGUACAGUUUUUUUCUACCUUCUGUAAUGCAUGAUGGGGUAGGCAAAACAGCUUUCACUUGCUCCAUGUUGACGGAGAAUUUGUCUUUUUCUAUCAAUGCGAACUUAGAUUUGGAUCUAUCAGUACUUUUUAGACCAGUAACCUCCAACUCUCCAGCUACUACUGCAUCCACUCUACAGGCGUAACAGAAAUGGGUUUUCUUCCUGAGACCUCCUUUUAAGUCCACAAGCACGUACAUGGAUGGAACUAUUUCUGAAGCAGUUGGUGCCAAGUGGGUAACUUCUAGUAUUUCAUUCUCCAUAUUCUCACGAAAUGCAUCUAAAUCAUCAUCACUAUUGUCACCAUAGUUGAUUAUCUCUUCGGUCUCUUCCUCAUCUUCAGUUUCACUGUUAUUAAUCUUAUGGGUUUUGUGUUUCUUGUCUGGUGCAUUGCCUUUCUUGACUGGUUCUGUAGUUUUUUCGGUAGUUGAUCUCUUGGUUGUUUUUUUAUGCUCAGUUUCUUUGAGUCUUUUCAGCACAUCUUCAGAAGUUAAAACUUCCCCGUAGGUGUGGUGUUUCAGCCGAGUCACUGCUUUUUUAUGGGGCUUCCAGAUGAGGUUGAGACUGCAGUGGUUUUGGUGAUGCUUUUAGAAAAGAUGUCUAUCAAGUCUACAUUAUGAGUUUAUGUUCCACUGGCCUCAUUUAUAUCAGCAUCUUUUUUCUUCAAACUUAAAUCCAAGACACCAAACAACAUUUCAUCGUUAGGGAAGAUUUCCCCACAGAAAUAAGGAAUGUUGCAAGGAUUUUCGGGUUCUUCAUGUACAAUUGGUAAAGAAGGGUUUUCGAUCUUCUCUAUUGUUUCUUGGGCUAUUUUAAGUUGUUUCGUGAAGCGCUCAAGAUCGAAAAGGUCUUUGGGAAUUUUGUCUUGGUUCAAAGGAAAGAGUCCAGUAGACACAAAUCCACUUACAAUGUUUUUGUUUGAAAUAGAACCCCAAACUUUCCCCAGAAGCUCAGGAAAUUGAUCUUUCUUCAACCGACUAGGCCCUUUCCCCAUUUGAGUUUUUCUGUGGUCAACAAGCACUUUUUCCCAAGCUUUUUAAGAUGACCAAACACUGUUUUGUCCAAAGGCUGUAGGCGGUCUGUUAAAUGGCUGGGGAAUUGGGUUAACUGCACAUUCUUCUCGAUAGCUAACUGAAUUAUUGUCACACUUAUGUGACUAGCGUGGCCAUCAAAAAGCAACAUAGCGGUUUCAUCAUCCAGUUCAUUUUCCUUUCAAGUUUUUUCGACAUGUGGGAUGAACAAACAGGGAAACCACUGAAAAAAGGCAGCUUCCUCCAUCCAGCCAUUCGAAGUUGCGGCGUAUAUAGUGCCUGGGAACUGUUUUUCAGAAACCCAAUGUGGUUGCACCGAGAUACCUUUAAAAACUAUUAGAGGAGGGAGACAGUCCCCAUUUGCUGCAACACAGGCAAGCACUGUGGUUGAUUCUCGCCCUGAUCCAUCUGACACUCUAUUAAGGGCUUGGCCUUUGGCACCGAUUGCUCUAAGCCGUGAUGGAUCAGAGGGAAAGCCACUUUCAUCAGCAUUGAACACUAAACAUGCAGUAACUUCUCGUACAGAAUGUUCAUCAUACAACGACUUUAAAGAUGCAAAGAAAUCAUAGACCACAAAAGGGUCUCUGGCUUGCUUUCUAGCCUUUUGCAGAUGUUCGGUUUUUUUAGUGAAAUCUUGGGGUUGCGACGCAUGAAUGCUUGAUCCAAUCCUCACCCGGUUUCCCAUCAACGAAUCUUGUGAUCAUUCCAGUCAUUUGAAUGUACUGCUGCACAAGCUCUUUAAGCUCUGCUUUAUCACAAGGAUAACCCAUUUGUGCCCUUGCUAUCAAGCACUUUACAAGAGUUUCUUCUACCUCUUUGGGCAAGUCAGUAGGUCUUCCUGCCCCCAAUUUACUAACAUCGGUUUUCCUACCUUUGAUGCGUUUGAAAAUAACUGUUUUGGGAACCUGGUACAUCUCAGCAGCUGCUAGGUACGUCAAGUUGCCAUUGAGAAUAUCAUUUACAGCUUGGAUCACAUCUUGAAUGGUGUAAGAGGGUGGAGCCUUCUUCCUAACGUACGUUCUCGGCAUCCUUUUGGUCACUGCAGCAGUGAAUUUAUCAAAACACUUAAUUAUUGUAGCAAACACAAUGUUUUUAUUAAUUUUGAAAUGUGAAAAAAAGUAUGAAAAAUUGUUCUCAAUUACCCCUAAAAUAAAACUCUCAGGGGUAAUUGAUAACAUCCGUGCAGAUGGUAGUAUAAAAAUAAUUAAGCCAUAAGCACAACAAAUUACUAUUAAUUGAUCUAAUAAGCAACAAUUAAUACAGUGAAGGACACUUACAUGUGAAAUCUGUAGUCACUAGGCGCUAUCAACUGACGGACGUAAAAUUCAUUUUCAAAACAUUGUUGCACUGUUUAUAACCUUACCAUAGCACUGUCAGCUGAAGACUGGAAAAAAGUGGGAACUUGUUCUACCACUUCAUAGAGAUAUGGAACUAAUAGUUUACACACCUCUUUGGUUCUCCAAACCCUCACGUCAGCGCUAGUGGCACCUGUUCCCAUUUACCCCUGACCCUACACCAUAAGUCGUAGAGAUGUUUUCAACUUAUUUUGUCGUGCUGAACCUGUGGCCAAAGUUUGUUGGUCAAAUUCAGAUUCACUUUGUAUGCUGUGCUGAAUGAAGUUCAUGUUCCUACAGAUUGCUGGGCACUGUAAUCCUUUUGAUGGUAUAUGUAAAAAAAUGUUUUAACUAUAUUUUGUUUAAACUUAAUAUUUUUAUUUCCCAGUAAAAACAAUGAUUUUGAUGUGAGAGAAUAAAGUAUACCUCUUUAACUGUCAGAGUGGCCAGCCAACCGGGAAAUCGGGAAAUAUGGGAAAUAGCCAGGAUUUCUUUAAAAAAACAGGAAUACCUGGAAUCAACCAGGAAUUUUUAUUAGAACCGGGAAUUUUUUUUAUGAAGUAACGAUCGCAAUAACAUACGGCUGUUAAAUGAGCACGUUCACCACCCGUCGAAGCACGACAGUAUGUUCGUGAGCUAUAUUUUGUGAAAGUUAAUUUGUUCAUAUUGCAUUUAAAAACUUUUGUAGUACGUAUGAAACCGUUAACAAUUCAGACUUCCAUACUUAUUAUGUUUCUGUAUUCAAAAGCAACAGCAUUUUGGCUGAAAAUGUUGUUGUAGGGUGGUAGUAAUUUCUCGCAUGGCAUGUUGGUAGCACUAGUUUUGUAUGUAUAUUUGUUUUUACUUUGCGCUCUUGUUGCUGCGUCACGGUAUCACGGAUACUUUUCUCGAGUUUUUUUAAAAGAGUAGUUGUGCGGGACGUUGUGUUGAACUUUUUAAUCUUACAUGUAAUUUGCACAGACUAUCAAAAUGUCAAAGAGUUCGGUCACCACAUACAAUGACAAAUAUACGGAAGAGUUUGAAUGGGUGGAGAAAGAUCCAAAGUGCAGAACAAACGCUAUUUGCAAUUUGUGUAAUGUUAAAAUCAAUAUCGGUAGCAUGGAUGGGAAGAACAGCAUUAGCCAGCCACGCAAGAGGGGCAAAACACAUGCGUUUGGUGUCAAGUAAUUUUUGUGACGUGAGAUUAUAAAUUUUUUUGUUGGUGGUAGGUUUUGUUUUAAGCAAGUUCAUUGAUUUAAUUUUUAAGCCUAUAGUUAAGUUGUCUAUUGUUUAACGCCAAUAAAACAUCAUAUUGUGUGUGCUUUGUGUAACAAAAAUACAAAUUGUAUUCAAAUAUUGAUAAAAACCACCCUUGAAAAAACCAGGAAUUUUAUUAUCCCAGAAGAGUGGCCACCCUGACUGUUCAAGACGGGAACAAGUGUUUUUUACUUACAUGAAUACAUUUCUCUUUGCUCUUUAAAGUGAAUACUUGUUGAAGUUAAAUUAGUCCAUGUAUAAUAUGUAUGUUCACAUGAAGCUCACUGUCGUAUAGCAAGCAUGCUCUAGUGCUAAGAGCAAACCACGCAGCUGUUUUGUCCUUACAGUCUGUCAUUAUUUAUGUUUCAUAAUGAAUUGUUACCUAAUUUAUCAGAGGUGCAAGGGUAUAUGUAGUCUUGUUUGUUUGGGUCAGAUCCGUUGCUGUUCAGAGGUUUUGUACAUUGAUAUGUUGUAAGGCUGCAUUUAAAAGUAUUAUUACAUUAGAAAUUGCAACACCUCGUGUACGGCUUAUCAAAGUGCCAUCUUUAAUUGCUAAUAAUACAUAAAUGAUGGUGAAGCUCAAUUGUAUCAUAUUGUAUCAUACUAAGUGGAAAUAAAUUUUUAUAACAUGUAGUUGCACAUAGUGAA